AUGGUUGCCAUUGUCUCAUCAAUCGUCGCUGCUGCAUUUUUGACGUCACGCUGUUAUUACGAUCAUGCAAACACUAACAGUAGUUGUUCCAACAAGCACAGCACUUCCGCGCUUCAUCAGCACCUCCAUGAUCAGGAGCAGGAGCAAAACAAUAAUGGCAAAGAAUCAUCACCGACCAAUCAUCCAAUCAUUCUGUCUAGUAUCAUGGAAUUGCCACUGUUUCCAUUGCGGAAAUCGGUGCGUGUCCCAUCCGAUUCCCUGACUCUCAAUCUCUACGAAGAACGGUAUCUGGCCAUGUCCGAAUCAAUAUUGCACAACACCGACAAGUUGUUUGGAACCAUAUAUUCCUCCGAUAAGCCACAAAUUGUCAAACAAGGAAAAGGCGUCAUUGUUCCACUCUUGGAAGAAGGUGAUGUCGGUGUCAUUUGCCUGGUGAAGGACGACGACUGGAAGGACGAACUGGUGCCGACGCGGGAUCCUUUGUACCAACGAAGGAGAAUCCAACUCAAUGCGGUAGCCGUCGCUCGCUUUCAAAUUCUGGAAAUCAUAAAUGAUGGCAUUGGUCAACAACAACCCUCGUUCAUACAAGCCAAAGUAGCAUUGCUACAAGAUGAUGAAAAUCUAACACGCAAGGAUGAUCGUGCCACCAACGAGGAUGACGAGGAUGACAGCAAGGAUAGUAUGGAACGCGAGAUGUGGAAACGAGUAUUGGCAAAGGAAAGAGAAAUCGGAGCAACUAGUGCACUUGUGGACCAGGUUGCAUCUUUAUUACUGUCACCUGAUAUUGAUGAUGCCACUAAAAGAGUCCAAUCGUCGUGUUGCUGUUGUUCGGAGAACGACCAAAUACGAUGCGAAGCAUUUUCCUUUGCGGCGGCAAAACUUCUUUUGGGUGCAUCACGACCGCAGCAGAUACAAGAAUUACUGCAAAUGACAAGCACACAAGAACGGUUGAAGCGAACCUUGGAAUGGUCAUAA